AUGCUGUUCCUUCUGGCUUUCUUGUUCAGCGUGCCCAGCACCUCGGCCGCCAUCGUCGGUGACCUCAACUGCACCACCUACAACGGAACCGCCGUACGAUUUUCUUCUUAUAAGUUGAAAAAAGGGGGAAAUUGGCGGUGUUCGGAGUUAGGUCACUCCUAAGCUACUGUUCUUCAAGAAAAGCUAAAAUUACAUUAGUGACUGUUGUAAGCUUCAGUCCUUUUUUAGAAAGCUUGGUCUUUUUCGAUGAGAUCUAGCUCUUCCUAACUUACUAACUGUAGAAAGGUCAUGUCACUUUGUACUCUGAACCUUUCGAAAACGUGGCCAGAUCACUUGAUCUACCAGAUGAAGAUUUCGAAACUCUCUUCUUGUUAGUUUUGCAGAAAAAAAGAAAGAAUAAAAUAGUGACCACUAGAUACAGCUGUUUAAAGUUUGCUCAGCGUUUCGGUGAUCACUCAAGUGAUACCUUAGCUUCGGUGUACUGUCACGCUUGUUUUUUCUAAUGACCUACUUAUUGAAAAGAAGAAAUGUAAUGGAGUCUCUAGACAUAACUCAAAUGGUCCCUAAACAUCACUUUUUAUAGACAGUGUCUUUUGAGAGUCUGAGUACCUUUCUGAGUUUAAUCAUGUCAAAUUUCGGCUAUAACCAGUAUAAAUUGGGAGAAGCUCUAUCUGUUCUUUGGAGCUCAGUUGAGCCAAGUUUCGAUAAUGCCUUGUUCAACCUGAUUCAGUUGCAAGUUCUGUUAUCGCGAUUAGUCCGACUCUAGAUCAUGGUAAAAAAAUCUUUGGGUUUCCCUAGGUAAGUUUCAGCUAAUUUUGUCAGUAGCAGCUCAGUGGGGUGAUAACUUUCCACAUGACGUCUGUACCUACUCGAAAAGAAAAAGAAAAAAAAUUCUAUAUUUUUUGAAAAGCCUUCAUUAUUCUGACUUAUUUUCCCAAUACUCCCUUUCUCCAGUUCGUCUACGCCAACACGGCGACGAUCUGCUCGAACGCGCUGUCCGACACGGCCUGCAACGCCCUCUACCCAACGGCGCCAGCUGGAGGACCUCUCCCAGCUCCAGGAACCGACGCCGCUCGUCCGACCAACUGCUACACGUCCAAGACGACGACGCCGGCCCCGGUCGACAAGGACAUGAAGACGGCCGCCAUCAACCAGUGCGCCAAGACCUGUGGAUAUUGCUGCCAAUCGGCUCCCUACAGCUGUCCCAACGCUCAGUGUGAGUUUUGGUGGGCUUCUAACAAACCUGCGAGGAAAAACAUUGAGAAAAAGAACAAAGAAAAGGGGGAGGUACUAUAGGCUUCAGCUUCCAAAGAAGUUCCUACAAGUCGGUGCUUCAGACCCGAGCAUGAACUGCGCCUCGAUCACCAACUCCCAGUGCCUUGACCCCAACUGGAGAACCGUCAUCGCCGCCAACUGCCCGGCCGCUUGCGGACUCUGCAACACCGGUACUUUCUUUGAAAUACGAACACUUUAUAAUUGGAAACUAUGAAGGUGGAUGUGUUGACGCCGUCGUCGACUGCGCCAAUGACGUCACCAUCUGCAACUCGGUCGGCAUGCAGGACUUUGUCAACGUUCGUUCUCUCCGGGAAGGAUAGUGAAGAAGUUGUUGAUUUCAGAAGUACUGCCAAAGAACUUGCGGCCGCUGCCCGUCCACCACCGCUGCCAACUCUGGCGGCACCGGCGGAUCGUGCUCCAGAUUCAUCACUGACUCCAGCGCCAAGUGAGUGGGAAGAAAAGGAAGUGGUCCCUAUAGGGGUAGAACUAAGUUGGUCCCUAUAGGGUUUAGAGUCUGACCCUUUAGCCUCUGAAGUUCAAGUGGACCCUAGAGGGCCUCUGAAAUUAAUUCAAAAAGCUUAUGUAUUCAAUUUUCUCAUGGAAAUGCAUCUUAGCUUAAAGUUCAUAACAGUUAUCGACUAGCAUGUCUCCGAUAGGGGCCGCUUUUGCAAGCCUCAGUGGCCCCUCUAGAGUUUGGUAAAGUGGUCCCUAGAGAGAACCCUUCAAAAGCCCCUAAGGUUGCCUAUUUAGGAAACACUGGAGCUCCUAAGUAUGAAGCUUUUUUUUCCCCAAUUAUGCCCCCUAUAGGGGCCACUAACUGAAACCCAUAUAGGGAGCGCUUUCGCAAGUCUUAGUGGCCCCUAUAGGGGUUGGUAAAGUCGUCCUAGUUCGGGCGCUUAAAGGGCUUCUAAGGUUGCCCCUAUAGGGGCCACUCUGGGGUUCCAAGUUCUACAGAGGAAACCUGAAAGUCUGAAUCUGACCCUAAUUUUUCAAUAAUGAUUUACUUAAGACAAUAGUGAAUAAACAAUUAACAGAAAUCUUCAAAAAUCCCAUUUUCCAGCUGCAAAGCCUGGUCGGGCAACGGAUUCUGCUCCAACACGUUCUACACGACCGCUCAGCGCAAGGCCUACUGUGCCACGACCUGCAGAAUCUGCUAA